CCAAGAAGUCUUAAAAUAACUGAAGUCUGAUACACUCCACACAAUACCUGAUAACAAAAAUGUAUAUUAAAAAAACAAUCAGUCUAACCCCGAUAAGCAAAAUGUUGCAUAAAGCCUUGAUAUUUUUAGCCGCCGUGUCAGCUAUUGCAGCUGAAGGCAACUUAACCAAACAAGUUUACCAGAAAAUCAAUGAAUACAAGAACUUGUACUCACUACUGUCUGAAAACAGUUACAAAAUAGCUGAGGAAGCUUUUAGCCAAACAAACCACAUUAUUGCAAAUUUGACUGGGGGGCUCCAAGAGACAUUCUCUUACAAUAAUGCUUCAAAAAAAAUAUCUGACCUGGAAGCGCAAGCUAAAAACUUAGGCAUGGAUAUAUCAAAUUGCCUUCUCCUCAACCAACUUGACUUCGAUCAAGCCAAAGCCAUCAUUAACACAACAGAAACCCUUGGCCACACUUACACCGAAUACUCCACAGUAAUCCUGAUGUACCUGGAACUCUCUUUGGAUAGAUUACACAAUGACCAAACCAACAAUCUCUCCAAAUAUGAGACAACUAUGGACUACUGUCUACUGAGGGAAAACCAACCAGCUCAGAACACUUGCCUGUGGGAGUUGCUCACCGAGGUGCAUCUAGGCAUAACUUUGUUCCACUCUGAGGGUGUUUUAUUGGAAAAGACUGUGGGCGCUGUGGCUGUUCAGUUAGAGGAAAAGAUGCCUGAAGUUGUUUUGGAGUGUGAAACAAGUUGGCGGAUAUAUGUCGACUAUGUUGUGGGGGAAAUUACUAAUUGUGCACAGAAUGUUUUCAAUAAUGACACCAGAGAAUAAUGGUGUUGACCUUGCUCUUAGAGAUAAGCUUAAUGUCCAAAGUCAAUAAACUGUUUAUAAAUAAAUCAGUGAGCACUUG